AUGAGUGGCGUCGAUAUUGACGAGUGCGUUUCUGAUGCUAUAACGAGCAAGAUUGCAGCCUUGCAGCAGAUUCCAUUGUUCCAGCAAUGUAGAGAGUCUGUUGUUCACAAAACUGCUCAGCGACUGCAGACAAGAUUCGCCGUGCCUGGCGAAAUCGUGACCCGAGCUGGCGAUGAGUCGGAUUGCAUCUUCCUUUUGGCAUCUGGAUCUGUACAAGUUUGGUCUUCCGCACACGAACCUGCUGACCUUAGCGAUGCAGGAGUCAUUGGUGACCCAAGAGUCUUGCUUCGCAGGGCUGGUGCUCAGCACAACGUCGUUGCAAAGACGUUUUGUCACAUGCACAUGCUGACGGCUGUUGAAUUCAGAGAAGCUGCUGGUAUCAAGGAAGAUGACAGCCGGGAUGUGGCACAACUUCUGGAGAGCCUCAAGAGUGCAUGGAAGCCUGUGACUAAAAGCGAAGUCGUGGACAACGUCAGUCUGAGGAAGAGGACAUCAAUGAAGCGGGCGGUCACAACUGCUCUACGUGUCAUACAGUUUGUCAGCGCCAUCAAGAAAGAAGGCGCCAAGAAAGCCAACCGUGUGCAGCCGCACGCGGGGGAGCCUGCCGAGCCGGAGCCAAAGAAAGCCGCGGUGGCCAAGCAAGCCUCGGCCUCCAAGGAGACCAAGAUGCCGAAGGAGCCCAGGGAGCCAAAGGAGCCAAAGCCAAAGGAGGGCUCUACCAAGCGGAGGCCAACAUCGCGACUCCACAGAGAGCUCAAGGCCAACAAGGACAAGCUCUCAGAAGACGACCAGGACAGGGAAGCAAGCGGACAGAAGGAUGUUCUCACCUUCAACACAGAAGCACAGAAAAUGGAGAUCUCCAUGUCCUUGCAGAGCCUCGACUUCUUCUCGACGCUGGACACGUUCAGCUUUGAGCGUUUGAUCUCACUUUUUCAGAAGAAAUUCUGGAGGAGGAACGAACAGCUUCUGGUCGAGGGCAAGCCUGCAAAGGCCAUGCACGUGGUACUCCAGGGUGACGUCAACAUUGUCAUUGGUGGCAAGGUUCUCAACAAGUUAGGCCCGAAGUCAGUCGUUGGAGAGCGCUCCGUCUUGAGCUCUAGCUCCGGAGAUCCAGCUCCUUGCGGCGCAACCGUCACAGCUGCAAGCCCAAUCGUGAUGACCGCAUCAGCAGCACGAGCACACCUUCAAGAUCUCUUCUUCAAGGAUGCCGCCCUUUUGGAGCACUUCCAGUCCAGAUUUGACAUCGAGCGCGAACGUCGUGGAGUCACCAGCUUUCGGAACGUCAAGCUCUUUCGAGAGGCUGACCCAAGCUUCACCCAGGCGCUAGAGGUGGCUGUGAAGGAAAAGGUCUUCGAUGUGGGGGACAACUUAGUGACUGAGGGCCAGGAAUGCCACGAGGCGGUCAUGCUCUGCCGCGGCACUGUGAAUGUCUUGAGUGACGACGUCAUAGUAGCAUCGUUCACUGUCAAGGACAUGGAGGAUGCUAUGCUUUUCGGAGACUUUACGCUGCUGGGCUUGUGGCAAACUCCGAAAGCGUCCAUUGCAGCAGCAACCUCCUGCCUCGUGCAGGUCAUCCAUUCAGAUGCUCUUCGGCGCUGUCUUGACUUAUAUCCAGAUGAGUCCUUCAUAUUUCGCGAGCUGGUCGAGAAGCGGUUGGACGUCAUAUACCGUCAGGAGGAGCAAGUCAAGAAACAGAAGUCACAGGCAAGUCUUCAAGGCAGUGCUUUGGAGGUGCAGGACGACACUCCGAAGAAUGGCAACAGCAGCCCAGGCGCGGACAAUGCCAAGAUGGGUGAGGAGACGCCAGUGCCACCGCGUCGAACCAUUCCGCGCGGAAUACGACAGGUGAAGGAUCUGCGCUUGCUAUGCACAAAGGCCAUGAAGGAGCUUGAGUCCUACCUGCACAAGCGACUGUUCAUCCCGGAUCAGGUGAUUGUCCAUCAAGGCACGGACCUGCAAGACGUGUAUGUGCUGCAGCAAGGCACCUGUGAGGCCCUCAUUUUCGGAGCAGCCUUCGAGACGAUGCAAGGCCCUUGCAUCAUCGGAGGUCUUCCAUCAGUGCUGACGAAGAAGGUUUUCACAACGGUCAUUGCCACAGAGACCUGCUUCGUUGUCAAGAUCUCCCAGAGGCACUUCAACGCCGUUUUGGACAAGUACCCAGAAGAUCGCAAGAAGCUUUUUGCCGCUGCCAACCGCGCCUUCAGCACGUUGUGUGACGAUUUUCAACAGAACGUGUGGAUAGCUCAGGCUUUCCAAGAGCAGCUCGCAGCGAUGCCAUGUCUUGCUGGCGCAUGCCAAGAGUUUUUGGCAGCGCUUGCACAUGUCUUGGAACCACGUUUACUGCUCCCUGCCCAGGAGAUUUUUUUGUCCAGCGGCAAGGAAGAUGGUGCAGAUUUGUACUUUGUUUUUGAAGGACACUUCCAUCACUUGCAGAAAGGUGCAGUCAUGGGCACCAUCUCGCCAAAGAUGGUCUUCGGCAUUUUGGAAGUCUUCGGCAUCAACGACGUUUCAAAUGAUAUGAGGAUCUGGUCUGAUGAGAUCUGCAAGGUCGGGGUCCUCACACAGGCGAAGCUCUGCGACUUGCUGCAUGAAUUUCCACAGGAGCGGGGCAAGUUCGAGAAGCUAGUGCACAACCUCAUGGAGGAUAGCGUGAACCACCACCUGGUCUUGCUGCCCUUCUUUUCUGGCUUGAGCAACCAGCAGAUUCUGACAGUUUGCCAUCUUUUGGACAGGAGGUUUCUCCUGCCUGAUGUCACAAUCGUGAAAGAAGGCGAUGGAGGAGAGUUCAUGAUGGUCUUGAACUGCGGGAAGGUUGAAAUUUUCUACAAGGAUGUGAGCAUGGGCAUGCUUUUGGCGGGACGGGCAUUUGGCCACAGCCAGAUGAUGGGAUUGCAUGCCCGCUACCACGCAACCUUGAAAGCCAAGAGUACUUGCCACAUCCUCCUCAUUUUCUGGCACAUGCUGAGCGGCCUAAUUAGCACUGCUGCCGACCUGGCCUGGGUGCAAGCCAUGAAACGACAGGCUCAGGAUAUUCACAACUCGGAAAGCGCAACCUUUGCCCGCAAGCUGCAGCAGAAGUCCAACAUGGCCAGAUCGAGGCACUUGCUCAUGGACAAUUUCAACAUCGCUGCCGGGCUUUGGAGCUUGCGCGAAAUUCUUCAGGAAUGGUACCAGGUAGCCAGCGCGGGGAAGCAAACGGCGCAAGAUGAGGUCAAGCAGUAUUCUGAGCUCAAAGAUUCCGAAGGCGAACGGUGGAGAGGCAAAAGCAUGGCCCAUGUCGAAAUCAACACUGCCUCAAAGAAACAUCACUCCCUGGCUGCAAGACCUGUACGUUUCAGGCACAACAUGCGGUGGAGUGACUUGCCAAGGAGCAACUGCAAGAAGGACUUCUCGGGAUGGGACUUGCAGUCGGGACGCUUGGACAUCUGGAAGGGCUUCACAGGGCCUGCCUGGCUUUACAGCGUUCGGAAGGAGGUGGUGCAGGAGAAGCAGCCAAACAGUCGGAAAUGA